AUGCAACCACACCUAAAGCAAGAGCUAGUCCAACUCCAUCAUCAUGACAACGACGGCUACGGGAACCUCACGCACCGCAUGGAAAACGAAGAGGACGACCAAUUCGACUGCGAUCUCACCAUCCUGGAUUUCCUCGUCUACAAGGCCACGGGUUUAGUCUUUGAGUGGAGGUCGAGCAGUGACCCGUUCCACUCGGACUUGCCCAGUGCCCUGGUCAACAUGACAGCCGACUGGCGCACCUUUCUCGCCCACAAACACCACGGCCGCCACCUCACCCCCAAAGCCGCCUUCCGCUCCCGCCUCCUCCAAUUCGCCCUCGUCUUCACCCACCGCCUCCACCACGUCCAAACCUGGACGACACCCGACUCCCUCGCCGCCCUGCACGCCCAAAACCAAGCCCGCGCCGAAUACUGGAGCCAACGAACCGCCCACCCCCAACCUUUCCCCCCAUCCUUCACCUCCUCCCAAGACUUCCCCCACACAUACUCCACGGCCGUGUCGGUUUGCGCACUUGCCUCAAUGGAAGGAUCUGCAUUCUGGUACGACAAAGCAUGUGGUGCGCACGAAGCGAAAACGGGAAUAUUAGGAUCUAUUUGCUGGUUAACAAACUUGUACUUGUCGGAUCUCGACAUCUCCUCCGCGCCCAUCGCUGCCUUUGUUCCUAUCCAACUCUGA